GUGUUACUCUGUAAUACUGUACAGUGAGUGCGUUACUCUGUAACACUGUGCAGUGAGUGUGUUACUCUGUAACACUGCAGUGAGUGCAUUACUCUGUAACACUAUGCUGAUGUGACCAUGUGAAAGGCACACACAAACACACAUUCUCACAAGCAGCUGAUCUUUGUGCUGGUUGUGUUUGGCCUAUAACAGGAAAGGCUGCAGUUUUCUGAGGAUGCAUUUAGUGCUGAUGUGAAUAUUUCUGAAUGAGCUCAGAAGAUGAAAGGAGAAGCUGAAAUCUGGGUGCUGGGUCAGGGUCACGCGUAUGAGGGAACUUUCAUUUCCAGUCAUAGGAUUCAUUUUACUGCGAAACGGGACCUCCUUCCUCCUUCCCCUGGGUGAGGUCAUACUGCAGUAAAGCAGGACAGAGAGGCCCAACACAUUCAGCUUUCUGCAUGUCAGUUCAGAUGAUUUUAAGGCCCUGAUGCUGUGAUUGUGACACACUGCUGGUGAGCAGGGCCAGUAUGGUGACUGUGCAGAGUGUUUAGUACGCUGUUCCCCUGUCACCCUUCAGCCAGCAGACGCAGACCUUCAUUGAGCUGUUCCUAACAGAGCACACUCUCAUUCUGCUGUUUGGACUCCUCUAGCUGCCAAGUUACCGGAAUGCAUUACUCUUUCUGAAAUGUGUCCAAGCCUGUAAGCGUAUUUCAAACUAUGUUAAGGUUCUGGGGCACUGGUCGCACUGUGGUAAGGCCCUGUGACACUGGUUGCGCUGUGUUAAGGCCCUGUGACACUGGUUGCGCUGUGUUAAGGCCCUGUGACACUGGUCGCACUGUGUUAAGGCCCUGUGACACAGGUUGCGCUGUGUUAUGGCCCUGUGACACAGGUUGUGCUGUGUUAAGGCCCUGUGACACUGGUCGCACUGUGUUAAGGCCCUGUGACACAGGUUGCGCUGUGUUAAGGCCCUGUGACACAGGUUGCGCUGUGUUAAGGCCCUGUGACACAGGUCGCACUGUGGUAAGGCCCUGUGACACUGGUUGCGCUGUGUUAAGGCCCUGUGACACUGGUUGCGCUGUGUUAAGGCCCUGUGACACUGGUCGCACUGUGUUAAGGCCCUGUGACACAGGUUGCGCUGUGUUAUGGCCCUGUGACACAGGUUGUGCUGUGUUAAGGCCCUGUGACACUGGUCGCACUGUGUUAAGGCCCUGUGACACAGGUUGCGCUGUGUUAAGGCCCUGUGACACAGGUUGCGCUGUGUUAAGGCCCUGUGACACAGGUUGCGCUGUGUUAAGGCCCUGUGACACUGGUCGCGCUGUGUUAAGGCCCUGUGACACUGAUCGCACUGUGUUAAGGCCCUGUGACACUGGUCGCACUGUGUUAAGGCCCUGUGACACUGGUCGCACUGUGUUAAGGCCUUGUGACACAGGUUGCGCUGUGUUAAGGCUCUGUGUUUUAAGUUGCCAUGGUUCUGGUCUCUCCCCAGGCUAUGACUUCUCGGAGGUGCUGCGCUGGUUUGGGGAGCGGGUGGAUCGGAUCAUCCUGCUGUUCGACGCGCACAAGCUGGACAUCUCGGACGAGUUCUCGGAGGCGAUCCGGGCGUUCCGGGGCCAGGACGAUAAGAUCCGGGUGGUGCUGAACAAGGCGGACCAGGUGGACACGCAGCAGCUGAUGCGGGUGUACGGCGCCCUCAUGUGGUCGCUGGGGAAGGUGAUAAACACGCCAGAGGUGGUGCGUGUGUAUCUGGGGUCCUUCUGGGCCAAGCCCCUGCAGAACACUGAGAACCGGCGGCUCUUCGAGGCCGAGACGCAGGACCUGUUCAAGGACAUCCAGGGCCUCCCGCGCAACGCUGCUCUGCGCAAGCUCAACGACCUCAUCAAACGCGCCCGGCUGGCCAAGGUGCAUGCUUACAUCAUCAGUUACCUGAAGAAGGAGAUGCCGUCUCUGUUUGGGAAAGAGAAGAAGAAGGAGGAGCUGAUCAGCCGCCUGCCGGAGAUUUACUGCAUCCUGCAGCGAGAGCAUCACAUCUCUGCCGGGGACUUCCCCAACGUCACCAAGAUGCAGGUCCUCACCUUGCACCUAUACGCACGCACACACGUACACAUCCUGCAGCGAGAGCAUCACAUCUCUGCCGGGGACUUCCCCAACGUCACCAAGAUGCAGGUCCUCACAAUGCACCUAUACGUACACACACACACACACACACACGUACACAUCCUGCAGAGAGAGCAUCACAUCUCUGCCGGGGACUUCCCCAACGUCACCAAGAUGCAGGUCCUCACCUUGCACCUAUACGCACGCACACACGUACACAUCCUGCAGCGAGAGCAUCACAUCUCUGCCGGGGACUUCCCCAACGUCACCAAGAUGCAGGAACAGCUCCAGAACUACGACUUCAGCAAGUUCCCUUCCCUGAAGACCAAGCUGAUCGAAUCGGUGGAUAAGAUGCUGGCCAAUAAGAUCGCUGGGCUGAUGUCCAUGAUUCGCGAGGAGGAGAGCAGGCAGCCCCCCCAGCAGGUGUCUGGCGGGGCCUUUGAGGGGUCCCAGGACGGCCCGUUCGGGCACGGGUACGAGGAGGGCGUGCGGGCAGGGGCAGACGCCGAGGACUGGAUCGUCUGCCGGGACAAGCCCAAAUACGACGAGAUCUUCUACACCCUCAUGCCCGUCAACGGGCGUGUGUCUGGCGCCAACGCCAAGAAGGAGAUGAUGAACUCGCGGCUGCCCAACACGGUGCUGGGCAAGAUCUGGAAGCUGGCGGACUGUGACCACGACGGCAUGCUGGACGACGAGGAGUUCGCGCUCGCCCAGCACCUCAUCAAGAUCAAGCUGGAGGGGUUCGAGCUGCCCUCCGAGCUGCCCCCCCACCUGGUGCCCCCCUCCCACAGGAAGGACCCCACCGCAGACACCCUGUACAACCACCAGGAGGACUGAGCCGCGCCCUCCCCGCCCCACCCCACCGGAGACCUGGACAGAGGGGGAGGGGGAUAUGUGCAAAGACUGCAGUACUACAGCCCGAUUCUGAAGGGGGGGGGAUUGAAGGAGCAGAGGUUGGGGGGGUGAGGGAGGAGAGAUAAAGUGGUUUAUGGUCCCCAUGGUUUUUUUUUUUUUUUUUGGGAGCAAUCAUCUGUGAUAUUGACUUAACUACAGACCUGGCCUGUACCAUACACAUUGCUACUGUGCGGUAGAUCAGCAGAGAUUAUUCACACUGUACAUAAUGCCUCCUGACCUGGUGUAGUUAUAGGGUGUAGGUACAGUCUCAUCUGCGUAAUUCUGGGAUCAGUGUUUCACACGGCGGAAGCAGGUACAGGUGCGCCCGUCCUGGCGCUUCCUGGGCUCACCGUCGUCAGGCGCUCACCUGCCACCUGUAGACCCGCCACACUGCGCCAGCCGAGCAGCCCUGCACGCUUCUGACUUCCUCAUUCUGAAGUAGAUUACUCUUCCUCUUCCUCCGACUCUUAUGUCCAAUAAUCUCUUUCUGUGAGGUUUUUUUUUUUGUCUAGACAUGCUCCAGAAUAUUUCAAGCACCAAAGUAGAAAGGUUUUUAACGAUCUGUGACUGUAAGAGAUGAUAACCUUUAACCUUUAACGUCUUCAGCCACAAUUACUUAAUUUAUUCAUUUUAUGUCCAAAUUCAUGACUCAUUUGACAGCCAGGCCAUUUCUAGAUGAAUGUGCUUCUUUCAGGAGGGCAUGAGAAGUUUAAAUGAACCGUGGUGCUGAUGAGGGACUGAAUGUGGCUGGUUUUUGUUUUUAUGUUAAAAUCAGCAACCAGUUUAGACCCCAAAAAACCAGGUGAGAUGAGUUAUGUGGGUCAUUAAAUGCUUUAAUUGGUCAAUUAACAAUGAAAACUGUGGCCCUCCCGGGUUAGGGAAAUAAAGAUACCUGCCUUAACACAAAGGUGCCUGCAGGUUUAACUCCAGUCCUGGAGGGGGCGCUGUGCCUGCAGGUUUUUGUCGUUUCCUUUCAAUGAGAAAACAAUUUUGGCCGUAGAAACAAGGUGUAUGGAUUCUUCAGCCAAUCAGUGACUUGGAAUAAUGACUUAAGUGCGGAAUAAGAGAACACCAGGCCCUGCCUUCACCUGAAGAGCUUGUGGCCUGCACAGGAGUCCCGGGAAAGUGCCUGCUCGUCCAUCUCACUGUUUAAACCAGCGUUUCAUUUCAUGAUUUAUUUCUCUCUCUGUUUCUCCUUUCCACAAAAACAAACUGCCAAGAAAGUGUCUUUUGCAGUCUAUGGUAUUUUAAUUUUAUUUACAUAUUUGCACUGUCCUUGUAGAAUGUAUUUUUUAAAAAUCUAAUACUAGUACAUUUUAAAAUGAACAACCUUUGUUUUGAGAAGUAAGAGAGAAAUUGCCAGGUGUUGUAAAAUAUUUAAAAUAUUAUAUUUCCAUUAUUUUUAUCAAGAAGAGGGCAGGAACUGCUGCAAAUAGCUUUAGAGUUUCCUGGAAGAAGGGGAACUGGCCAUGGCUGCUCAUGUGAUACGCGUCCGGCAUGUUGGCAACCAGCCUGGAGAACAAUGUGUGGAAGUCACCCAAUGAGCACACAAUCUGGCUUUAUCUGAGUGGGCUUACAAACCGCGCACACGCUGCACACGUAGGUGUGCCCUCUCCCUGUGGUCAGUGGCUUAGCAGCAUACUCAGGGUUUGAAGGAGCGGGAUCAGGACCAAAGUGGGCAGUACUUUUCAGGUUCAGCGUAAAUGAUGGGUAAGCAGUCCUGGAGAACGCAGCCAAUUCAGUGCCUUCGGAACCUUCUGCUAGCUGCCGUCUGCUAGCCACCUUCUGCUAGCUGCCGUCUGCUAGCCACCUUCUGCUAGCUGCCCUUUGCUAGCCUUCUGCUAGCCACCCUCUGCUAGCUGCCGUCUGCUAGCCUUCUGCUAGCCACCUUCUGCUAGCUGCCCUCUGCUAGCCUUCUGCUAGCCACCCUCUGCUAGCUGCCGUCUGCUAGCCUUCUGCUAGCCGCCUUCUGCUAUCCUUCUGCUAGCUGCCCUCUGCUAUCCUUCUGCUAGCUGCCCUCUGCUAGCUGAUUUCUGCUAGCUGCCCUCUGCUAGCCGCAUUCUGCUAGCUGCCCUCUGUUAGCCGCCUUCUGCUAUCCUUCUGCUAGCCGCCCUCUGCUAACCUUCUGCUAGCUGCCCUCUGCUAGCUGCCCUCUGCUAGCUGAUUUCUGCUAGCUGCCCUCUGCUAGCCGCAUUCUGCUAGCUGCCCUCUGUUAGCCGCCUUCUGCUAGCUGCCUUCCUGCCACUUAUCAGGUUUGUUGUUCACACAGCUCUGUUACUUGCCUCUGUUACCUACGCCCUGUAGCUCUGUUACCAUGCCCUGUAACUCUGUUACCAUGCCCUGUAACUCUGUUACCCACGCCCUGUAGCUCUGUUACCCAUGCCCUGUAGCUCUGUUACCCAUGCCCUGUAGCUCUGUUACCCACGCCCUGUAACUCUGUUACCCAUGCCCUGUAGCUCUGUUACCCACGCCCUGUAACUCUGUUACCCACGCCCUGUAGCUCUGUUACCCAUGCCCUGCAGUCCUGUUACCCACGCCCUGUAACUCUGUUACCCACGCCCUGUAACUCUGUUACCCACGCCCUGUAACUCUGUUACCCAUGCCCUGUAGCUCUGUUACCUAUGCCCUGUAACUCUGUUAACCAUGCCCUGUAGCUCUGUUACCCACGCCUUGCAGCUCUGUUACCCAUGCCCUGUAACUCUGUUACCCAUGCCCUGUAGCUCGCUCUUACCCACGCCCUGUAGCUCUGUUACCCAUACCCUGUAGCUUUGUUACCCACGCCCUGUAGCUCUGUUACCCAUGCCCUGUAACUCUGUUACCCAUGCCCUGUAGCUCGCUCUUACCCACGCCCUGUAGCUCUGUUACCCAUACCCUGUAGCUUUGUUACCCAUGCCCUGUAGCUCUGUUACCCAUGCCCUGCAGCUCUGUUACCCAUGCCCUGUAACUAUUUUAUUCCAGGAUACCAUGUUAGGUAUUUAACAGUAGCUGUGAUCCAUCCUGUUAGGAUUUCUGAAUUCAGCACACUUCAGGACUGACUCCUGUUAAAUUUUCAAGCCAUUUCACUCUGUGAUUCUUUUUGAUUUGUCUUUGUUUUCUGGCAGUAGUAUUAGUGACUUGUGUUUUUAUUGUAAUGAUGUUUUUUUUCUUCUCCUUUUUUAAUGACUGUAAAUGUAUUUAGUGCAAUACAGAUGGGAUUCUUUACUGGGGAAUAUGUUUGUCUUUCUGAGCUCAAUCUGUCCAUUCCCGCUGAUCUUCCACAGAUUCUGUGUUUGUGCAUUAAAGAUGCUUUCUGUGCACCCAAAAUCUGUUUGUAUAUUGCAAAUGCGUAUAUUAAACAUUAAAAUAUGUAAAAAUCA